CGAUGAUAAAGGACUGGUCGAGGGGACACGGUGCAGCUAUCCAGAUGGAGAGGUCGCCCACGUGACGUCCAUUCGACACCACUGUUAUGCAUUUGAUCAUCAGCGGCGACAGUGACUACAGCAUUCAGUCAUCCUAGACGCGAGGGGAACCUUAUUCAGUUCGAGUCAGGUCGCGAGGCCGCCGCUCUUAUUGGAGAAAUGCAACCUCGUAGGUGACUGGGCUUUUGCUCGCUCGAGCAGCCCUUAUGACUCACAAAGUGACUGAUAUAGUGCACAUUGUCUGAAAAUCGAGAUAGGUGGCAUUCAGGACACAUAUUAUACUGCAACCAGCUUCAACGGUCACAAAAUGGACGAAACAGCUGACUCCAAGGUUCUGGUUCGAGAAGGAUACAAUAAAAUCGCUGAAAAGUACUUGCAAUGGACUCUGGAGGAGGAAACACUUCGCACCAUGUUUCUAGAGAAGCUCUUAUCCCACAUCGACGAUGCAUCCAAGGCCAAGGUGCUUGAGUUGGGCUGUGGCGCAGGCAUCCCGUCUACGAGGAUGCUCGCCGAGCGUUUUCAACAUGUGGUCGCUAACGAUAUCUCUGACGCUCAAAUUGACCUGGCUAGAACAAAUGUACCUCAUGCCAAUGUCGCCUUUGUGCGGGAAGAUAUGACACAGCUCACCUUUGAAAGCGAUUCAUUGUCGGCUGUUGUGGCCUUCUAUUCAAUCAUCCACUUGCCUCGAGAGGAGCAACCUGCGAUGCUCAAGCAAAUCUGGACAUGGUUGGCUCCUGGAGGCUUUCUGUUGUGCAACCUUGGUGUCACGGAUGAUCCUGGAACUAUGAAUGAAAAUUGGCUGGGAGCUCGCAUGUACUGGAGCAGCUUCAACGUGGAGACAAAUAUUGAGCAUCUCGAGAAAGCUGGGUUCACCAUUGUCGAGUCCGAAGUGCUGUCAAUCAAUGAGGAUGGAACCAUGGUACCGUUUUUAUGGAUAUUGGCGAGAAAAAGCGGUCUCGAGUCUGGACAGGGUUAACAAUGAGAUCUGUCAUCGGCUCGAAGAUGUCUCGAGAUUGGGGGACGCUGCGUCAUGGCAAACCCAUACGAGUGUACAGUGACUUGGAACUGCAUCUAUCGAACCCGAUUAUCACGUUUGUAACGCUUGAAUGUGAUUCGAAAGGACGGAGGACUAUGAAUGGGUGAUGAACAUGAACACGAACAUGGGUUGCUGCUCGAAGCGCGGCGCACUUCUAGAUUAGGUAACCAUGCCAAGAACGGCCAAAAAGUUG